AUGAAGGAACGUUACAACCAGCAGGGAUUCCUCUCUGCCGUACCGGUCCUAGACAACACAGAGCUGAGGGAGGCCAGACAGGCCUUCAACCACCUGGAGAGAGAGUUUGGUGAGGAGUAUACCCAGUACAGUCUCCACAAUGUGCACCUGCAGUACCCCUGGGUGAUGGGCCUGGCCAAACACCCCCACAUCCUACAGGUGGUACAGUCCAUCCUGGGCUCUGAUGUCAUCCUGCUAGACUCACGCUUCAUCUGCAAGUACCCAACAACCCCCACACCCCACCCCACAGCCACACAGUACUGGGGAAUAGCUGGGGGUCCAGUCCUGUCGGUGUGGCUGGCUCUAGACGACUCACUGGCAGAAAACGGAGCCCUGAAGGUCAUCCCAGGAAGCCACUGCUCUGGCAUGCUGCCCCACCAACUCGCCUCCCGCCCCGGAAACAUGCUGUCAGUCAACCAGGAGAUCCCUGAGGAGCUGGUGCAAACGGAUAGCGCUCUACUCUGCCCCCUGCUGGCUGGGCAGAUGUCUAUCCAUGAUGGGUUCCUGGUCCACGCCAGUGACCCCAACACAUCCCAGAAGAGACGCUGUGGCUUCGUGAUCCGAUACGUCCCUACCUGUGCCUACCCUAUACAGGACCCAGACCGUCCCAGGCGUUUCCAUGCUACAGUGAUGGCCAGUGGAUCAGACCAGUUCAGUCACUUCUCCACCUUGCUGUGA